GACGCUGGGGGCCGUAUACGGCUGACGCCAAGUUUCACUGUGUUGGCUGGAAUGUACUCGCUUUUGUUGGCUCCGCGCGAAUUUAGUCAUCAAAAUAACUCAUGUGUCGGUGCCACACAGGUUCAAAGUUAACGCGAGCUUAUGUAGGCGCGCGUCACGCUCACCGGACGUCCACGCCGAUAAAAACAUGAACUGGCUGCGGCCGCGCUACAUCGUAACCGUGUUCCUAUUCUCAGAGGUGGUUCUCGGCGUACUACUCGUUCAAGACCGCUCGGCAAAUGCACUCACAGCCGACAAGGAUGCAACGGACUCCGCGCAAGGCAGUGCGCCUACGGCCGACGACAAAGGGAGCACAGCAACGUGCGAGAAAGUGAAUGCAUGCGAUGACCUGCUCGGCUAUGAAGCAAUUCGAGCCCUGCAUCAACAGCUGGACGACGAUGACAAUGGAAGCGUUGACAUCGCUGAGACAGAUGAGUUUCUUAGAGACGAGCUGCAGUACGAGAAUGGCUAUGAGCGGCAGAAGAAAUUUCAUGGCAAUGACAAGUACAUUUCCAUUGAGGAAUUAUGGCAAUCCUGGCAGGUCUCUGAAGUCCACAACUGGACAGUGGAAGAGACGAUCGAGUGGCUGGUUAGCUGUGUUGAGCUACCGCAGUAUGCAAAAACCUUUGAGGAGAAUGCAGUAGAUGGCUCCACCCUCCCCAGAAUGGCUGUUGCCAACAAUAACUACCUUAGCAGUGUGCUGGGGAUCAAGGAUGUCAUCCACAAGCAAAAGCUCACCCUAAAGGCCAUGGAUGUAGUGCUCUUUGGACCACCUAAACAUCACAACUACAUCAAGGAUGUGCUGUUAGUGCUCUCACUGGUGAUCGCCAUAGGUGGCUGCUGGUUUGCAUACGUGCAGCACAACUACUCUCAGCUCCACCUGAAGAAGAUGAUGAAAGACAUGGACAGCCUGCAGAGAGCCGAGGAGCAGCUGUCUGAGCUGCAGAGAGAGUUGGACAAGGCCAAGAUGGAACAGGAAACUGCAGUCAUACAAAAGCAGAGAUUGGAGGACGAAAUCCUUGCUGCCAAGCAAGAACGGGAGUUGUGGAGCACGACAGACCCCGACCAGACUCGAAGCAUCGUGGAGUGCCUGCAGGACGAAGUGCGGACCCUGCGGGAGCAGCUGAGCACGGCACAGGCAGCGCUAAGCUCAGCGGUGAGGUCUGGAGGUGCAGGUGCCUGGGUGCCCCCGCCGUCCCUGCAACACUGGCUGCAGCUGACGCACGAGCUGGAGUCGCGCCACUACAACUCCAAGAAGGCAGCUGCGGAGAAGCAGCUCCUGGCUGCUAAGGAAGGGUGCGAAAAACUUCGCAAGAAACGUGGGAGCUUCAUGGGCUCUUUUCGCAUUGCACAUGGGAGUUCCAUCGACGACAUCGACAACCGAAUCCUUCAGGCCAAGGCUGCGCUGUCGGAGGUGACGAAGGACCUGCAGGAGCGACUGCACCGCUGGAAGCAGAUUGAACGACUCUGCGGCUUCUCCAUCGUCAACAACCAGGGGCUGGGCCCCCUGGAGAACAUGCUACGAGGUUCUUUCCUCAAUGGCACUGCUGCCUCCUCUUUGCCCCACUCCUAUUCCGUUGGUGCGUUUGGCACUUACUGUGGCAGUCUCAGACAGGGUAAGAAAAUGAGCCGCUCGGGCAGCGAGGGUACAUUGGCUGAGGAAGAAUCUCCCUAUGGCAUCAGCGCUGUGCAGCAACUCGUGCACAAUUCUACCGCUCUGUUUCUCGCCUCUGUGCCACCGGCUUGCGACCUCAGCAAGUGCACCCUAGCCGCAGCUGCGGGCUUCCCUCCUUUCCGUGUCGUGCCACUUAACAGCACUAACCUCCCUCAGUCUGCUGCUGCUGCUGCCGCCGCUGUCUCCACCACUGCUAGCCCCACUGUGGCCGCUUCUGUGGCCUGCCCCAACGGCUCAGUGUCAAGCGUAGCAUCGCUGCUGAGUUUGAGGUGCCCUGAACGGCCCAGUACACUGCCCAUAGGUGCAGCCAAGUCCAAUGGGGCCUCUUCCCAGAAGCUGGCCCUUCUUGACGAGACCGACGAUGAUGCAGAAGAGUUCACGGACUCUUCUCUGCCCACCACGCUGUCGACUGGAACCUCUGCACCCAGUGCUGUGUCUUUCAUGGUCGGGGACAGCAGGUUAGCAAUGGUGCUUGGAAGCCCAGCAGAACCUCCACAGCUCAUUCGACCCAGGAGCACCCAACUGCUCAACAAGGCGGUGAGUGCCGACGACGCACCACCUCGCCGGAUCCUGACCUCUACUGAGCUUAUGGUGCAGACCGAGCCAUCUUCUCCAGCGACGCCCGAGAGCGGGAGCGCUGUCACCACCUCCGAGCCGCUGCUCCUUCCGCGGCCGCCGCUCACGUCGAUGCCUUCUGUAGAGCGACGCAAGAAGGCGGGCAAGAUUCUGGUGGCGGCGCUUAAGGGAAACUUUUCUGGCGCCAUUGUCGACGAAGAAAACUCAACGGACUCUAACUCCACGGCAGACGACGACAGUUUGAAAGAAAAGAAAAAGGCCAAGGCAUCUUCCAUCUUCCAGCCGCUCUAUAAAAAGAAGCCGAAAGCGUCGUGACUCUCGCAUGAAUGAGAAGCCCCAGCCUUGUUUUUCUUGUAUUCCCACCUUGGUGCCACACCCAGACACUUGUUUUACUGCUGGUUAGAGUUGGCAAAAAUCUUUCUUUGUUCUGUUUUGUUUUUUCUCUUUCCGAUAUGUCACCGAGCACAAAGUGCUGGACAGGAUAUCGCAUGGGCUUGCCCAAUUAUUGUCUCUUUCCUGCAUUGCAUUAGCAGGCAAACUUGGCUCUUGUCUACACCCGAGCUUAAUUUUCGUUAAUCGGCAGGACAUUUGAAGCGAUGAGAGGGAGCUAGAACUGCAACUCUCUGAGGCUGUAGGUAUUGUGCAUUGUAAUGCGCUUUAUUACUGUUGUUUUGUUUUUGUUUUUCAUCUUUAAGCAGCACAAGCUGUGCAAAGCACGGCGAAUGGAUGAACCUUUUUUUUUUUUCUCGUUUGUAUCAGCUGUCACUAUUCGCUACCUUGCAGUUGCACACAUCUGAGUGGCUGCCGCAUGAGUUGGGUCCUCUCCUUUUUUGGACAUGUUUUUGAAAGGUGGCGUCCUCUGUUACCAUAUACGUGUGUCCGCACUUCUUGAUGGCACAGGAUCUUAUCUUUUUUUCUUUUUUGGGGAAAUAUGCCGCUUGUUGCGCAAGACAGGAGGAAACAUGUGGUACAUCAAGAACUGUAUUUUUCUAAGUUAUAUUUUUGGUAUGGCACAUGGACUAUUCUUUCUGCCGGAAGCCAUCACAUGGAAGUGUGUCAACAGCCGUAUUUAGCGAUUCAACUUAGCAUGUGCAUUCUUUUUCUGUGUCCUUGUUGGUGACCUGUUGUAGUCCUUUUGACUAUCGAGAGGAUUGGCUGUCCUUCAGUAUGGUUGCUUAUGUAUGCGAUUUUGCACCAUAACAAAUACAGAAUAAAGGCUCUAAACAGAGCUUUUUUUUUUUGUCAUUACUAGGAUAUACAUGCACAUCCAAAUGCUGCAGGCAUUUUUUUUUCUGCUCUUUGCUUUAUGUGCCUUUUUUGCGAGCUUCAAAAUGCAAUGAAAUGUUUUGUUCGAUGAGAGAAUUGUUGCUAGGCAGUUAGUGGUAGUCAUUCUGAGGGUGUUUUUUUAAGCUAAGAUUCUGAAGAUUACCAAACAUGGUUAUGUACAAUUGCAUACAAAUGAAAUGUGAACAAGAAAUUGCAAAUGGGUUUGUGAGUGGUGAAUCCAGAGCACUAUCGUGGACCGCUAAUUGUUUGCUAAAGAUGGUUUAGGCCACAAAUUAAGUGUGCAAGCCAAAAUUGUGCCGAUAUUAUGCAUACCGGCAGUAACAAGAACAAAGUACAUUUUAGGUAACCCUAACUUGUUAGUUCUUCACUUGCUUACAAUUUUACAUAUCUGCCCUAGACGAGUGAAUUAUUCAAGUUGGAAUAUGGAUGCAAUUACAGCAGCAGAAUGCAGUAGAUCUGGUUAGGUGCAAGCACUGACUAUGUCGUUACAAACUCGAGAGACUUGUGGCGGUUGUUCAAUCUACGUUUGUCGUCGAAAAUUGUAGUUUUCUUUUUCGAAAAGUUCAGCUUGAUGCACUCAGAAAGGGAGUUCAGAGUUGUUAAGUUUAACUGUUUUCAAAAUUUAGCCGUGUUUCCAGUUGACUGUAGCCAUGGGUGUGCUUGGAUAAUCACUGCAGUAGCUGCUCUGUCUGAAGCUUGGAAACACAUAGCCUUAUAGUUUGUGUACCCAUGUAUGAAACUAUCCCUCCCAUCUUUCACACGCUCUUUUGCAAAGUUUAAACAAUGUGGCAGGCCGGCAAUUCAAGCUUAUGGCUAGCCUGUGCUUGCCAGAAAGGGGCAGUGAAAGACGAAUAUGCGUAACUGUGUCCCAACUCUCGAAACAAUUUUUUGUCAUGGAUGUCGGCUGAUAGUAACCAGUGUAUUCUGUAUUGUGCUUGUGCCCUUGGUAGCAGUUCCAAUGUGUAAAGUUCUUUGGAGAGUUUUUUUUUUUUUUUUCAAUUUUGGAUGUUGGCCACUUGGGCUGUGACCCUGUAAUCUUUCGUGCGCGCAUGUGUAACUUGUGACGUGAGUUGUCGCACCUGCCCUGUCCUCUUCUUCAAGACCGUCAAAUGGACAACUGUGCUUUGGAAGUUUGGGAUGAGCGUUUGCUGCACCUGGUGUGUGGUGCUUGGUGCACUGCUUCACGAUCUGUGAUAUCGGCUGAGGGAUCUCUCGCUAGGGGCUUCGUGACAUAUGCAAUACGGUGCACGUGUCGCGACUUUGCUGAAUUAUUAUGCAUGUGUGGAUCUGAACCACCCUUGCUACUCCUUCAGAAAGAACAAUACAUACUAAUAUACCGUUGCGCAUGCUGCUUCAAAGAAGCCAUGAGCUCCUUAGGAGUGCUACAUACUCUUCCUUUCGCUUGUCACUCGACUUCAAUUGCAUUUCACUUAUGCGUACAAGAAUCCUGCAGAAUUGCUUUUUUUAAGUGCUCUAAGCUGCAGGAAGAGUAAUACCUGGUCAGAGCACAGUUUUGUUUAUUUUGGCAUUUAUCGGCAUUUAAAGAAAACAUCGGUAGAGGAGUGUUAUUGUUUUUAUACGCUGCUACAAGAUCCGGUUAGUUUGACUCUUGCAGUAGGCGUUGCACUAGAUCUGCUGAUUUUGCAUUUGUCUUUUUACCUUUGUUGCUGGACAUGGUUUGUAGCAGUCAGCUAUAACAUUCUAGGGCAGUAAUUAAAACAGUGGGGCAGCGGCUUAUUUGCCGAAGGAGGCUACAGGAAUUCUUGCCCAUACUUUGUUUUGUUUUAAACAGUGCACCAUCAUAGCACAGUUAACAUUGAGUGCCACCAUUGCUGUUGUAACACUGAUGGCCACCUGUUCUCUGUACUGGUUGUCACCUGAUAAGAUUUACUGGUCUUUGUGAAGCAACUAUGACGUGAAACAGUUUUCUCAAGUCCAGUGUGGAAGUAUCACGGCGCAAAAUAUGCGAAACGGCUAUGUCUGAAAGAGCAGCCAAGAUGGGUUUCAUGUUGUCGCCGUGCCAGGCAUUGUAAAGGGUUCUCAAUAUGGAAGGGAGCACAUAGUUUAUUGUCAAGCCAAGAUAUGAUUUCGUAACUGUCUGUCUCCACAGAUUUUACUCCCUCGUACUUCUUUGACUUCACUGUGAAACAAGGACAUUUGUCCUUGAGUACAGAUCAAGUGAUCCCUUUCAUUUUGAUGCCCAUAUCUAUCUCAAGUGCUUCCUCCCCCUUUGCUCACAUUUGGCAUAAACUCAAAAGAAAAGUUUGAUCAAUUUCCAAUAUUCUGGCACUUCGGGUGCUCUUGCAUCAGUAUUGCGUUGUGCAGGCGUUCCACACUUCCAUCUAGCACACUCAAGCGAUGCACUGCUGGACAAAGAAAGUGGUAUUUGAUGUGGGCGGCAAGGUAGAUGCACAAGUCAUUUAUGACAUCCGAUACCUUUAACAUGGUAGCUGCUCUCUCAUUACAUUUUCUUUUGUGUUGUGCUGCUUGAGUACUCUGGACUGAAGUGUGGAUCCAUGUCAGCUAAGUCAAAGAAAUUGUACAGUCUGUGUCUGACGGCCUGCAUGCCAUACUAACCUUGGGCUUGUAAAGCUACGUUUGCUCCUUUACAGCAAAAGCCUUAGCCUUCUCAGUGGCAUGUGGUGUACUGUGUUUGUCCCGUGUAGAACUUGGUUUCAAACAACUCUUCCCAUGGCCAGCAAUCUUCAGAGCAAUCACACAGGGUGAAGGGAAAGGCAAUUGUCAUGUGAACUUUUAUCCGAGUCUAUGCAGUGUGCUGUUUCGCCACCAAAUGCAAAAUGAAUGGUGGAGUGAAUUGCGUGCUGCUGCAAAAUAAAAUAAACCCUUUGUCUUUUCCAGGGUGGGGUUUCUUUUCAUUGACUUGCUGUCAUGUGAUGGCCAAUAAAUGAAAGCCCAUCGUGACCAA